AUUUUAAAAUGUACGCAUUGGAUUUUUUAUUUUUUUUUCUGUUUUUCAAUUUUGACAAAGCACAUGAACAUUGACCUUCUUCCCAAAUCACACACAUGACACAUGACACAUGACACAACGUGCCAUUUGGCGAAUCUGUAUUAAGGACCAGGACCCACUCCAAACACGAGAACUACCACAAUCCAAACAGGUAUAAAUAAAACCCCAACCAUACCAAAACCCGUUCAUCCAAACGCCACUUUUCUCUUUCAAUAAAUAACGAUGGCAAACAACCCACCCGCGCUUUCAGGAUCCGACCCGAACCCAAACCCUAACCCGAAUCCAGAAUCCUCGCCGUUCUUCCAAGACAUCAACGAACUCCAGAGAGUCUUCAACCGCUUCGACGCCAACGGCGACGGCAAGAUCUCCGUCGACGAGCUCGACGCCGUCCUCCGCUCGCUAGGAUCCGGCGUGCCGCCGGAGGACCUCCGCCGAGUCAUGGACGACCUCGACACCGACCGCGACGGCUUCAUCAGCCUCCCGGAGUUCGCCGCUUUCUGCCGCUCCGACUCUGCGGACGACGACGCCGCCGCCACCGCAUGCGAGUUCCGCGACGCCUUCGAUCUCUACGACCGCGACCGGAACGGCCUCAUCUCCGCGGCGGAGCUCCACUCCGCGCUCAACCGCCUCGGCCUCAAGUGCUCCGUCGACGAAUGCCGCGACAUGAUCCGGUCCGUGGACGCCGACGGCGACGGAUGCGUGAACUUCGAGGAGUUCAAGACGAUGAUGACUGCCUCCAAGAAUCGCUGCGUCCACUAGUCUUCGCCGCCGGUUGAGGUUCCGGCGCGUCUCCGGUGGCCGCUUCCGUCGGAGUACGAUUUCUCCUUGGCUUUGGCUGGAACUUUGGGCGUAGAUUGAGUUCGAAUCAUGAUGGAAAUGAAAGUUUUCGUAUGGUUCUUGAAUUAUGUUGCGCAUUCGUGAACGUGUGUUCUUCAUGUUUUCUCUUGAUUGUGGAAUUUUUUUUUUUCCGCUUAGAUUUCAAUGUGUCGUGAUCAACGUUGACGCCUUGAAGGUUUAUAGGGUUGAAAACUUGAAAUGAUGAAUUGAGGUAGAAAGCUGAGAGAAAUGUAAAGGAGAAAAUAGAAAUCAAAGAUAAAUAUUAAUAAGUGAUAUGAUAAAUUGCUUCUUCAUUUUUUAA